UAAAUACGAUUAACAAGCAUAUAUAUAUAUAUAUAUAUAUAUAUAGAUUCGGUUCAUAUCACGCCGGACACGUUGGCGUCUACUCGCGACAGGGACUCAGAAUAACAGGGAAGUAGCAGAAGAAGCGACUCUUCCAUCACAUUCAGUAGUUCGAAACGUUGUCGUAAACAGGUUGAGUGGGUUGUUCUUUAUGGAACCGGUCAGCUCUCUCCAGUCUAUCUGCUACAAGCGUGGUUCGCUUCAGCUUCUCGAUCAGAGAAAGCUCCCUCUGGAAACCAUAUACUUGGAUAUCCAGGAUGCAGCGGAUGGAUGGUCCGCAAUAAGGGAUAUGGUGGUCCGUGGUGCACCUGCUAUUGCUAUUGCAGCAGCCCUUUCCCUGGCAGUAGAAGUAUUCAAUUUAAAGGCUUUUAAUGGGACAUCUGAUGAUGCUGCUUCCUUCAUUAACAAGAAGCUGGAAUAUCUUGUCUCGAGCCGCCCAACUGCAGUGAACCUCUCAGAUGCUGCAACAAAACUCAAAGAAGUUACAUCAAAGGCUGCUGCUACUGCUUCAGAAGCCCAGAGCAUUUUUCAGGCUUAUAUAGAAGCUGCUGAAAUCAUGCUCAAGGAUGAUGUUUCUUCAAACAAAGCAAUUGGGUCUUAUGGGGCGAGUUUUCUUCAGCACCAGCUGAAGAACUCUAAGAGGCUUUCUAUUUUGACCCAUUGCAACACGGGCAGUCUUGCAACAGCUGGCUAUGGUACAGCCCUUGGUGUGAUCCGUGCUGUUCAUACUGAAGGGUUGUUAGAAAGGGCCUAUUGCACUGAAACCCGUCCAUUCAAUCAGGGAUCCAGACUCACAGCUUUUGAGCUGGUGCAUGAUAACAUACCUGCUACUCUUAUAGCAGAUUCAGCCGCAGCUGCGUUGAUGAAAGAUGGACGAGUAGAUGCUGUCAUUGUUGGAGCUGAUCGUGUGGCUGCAAAUGGUGAUACAGCUAACAAGAUUGGAACUUACAGUCUUGCCUUGUGUGCUAUGAAUCAUAAGAUCCCAUUUUAUGUGGCUGCACCUCUAACAUCCAUUGAUUUAUCCCUUACUUCUGGAAAAGAGAUCGUUAUAGAGGAAAGAUCCCCAAAGGAAUUGACACACUCGGGUGGAGGACUUGGGGAACAAGUUGCUGCAUCUGGAAUCUCUGUCUGGAACCCAGCUUUUGAUGUCACUCCUGCUAAUCUGAUAGCUGGUAUAAUAACAGAAAAGGGUGUCAUUACAAAGAUGAGCAGUGAUGCUUUUGACAUAAAGGAUUUCGUACAAAAGGUGGACCAGUAGUCUUGUGUGCAGUGGAGGCAUCACUUGUUGGAAAGUGUACCGCCAUUCUUAAACAAGGGUAUUACAAUCACAACAUUUUUACACAAUAACUACACAACUCCUCUUAUAUGGGAUGGGCCCGCUAUCACAUGGGUCUUACCCUAUGUGAGAAUGGUUGUGUAGUUAUGUAAAAAUAGUGUAAAAAAGUAGUUGAUGUGAAAAACUAUGUACUUUGAGAUAAAAUGAAUGAGGGAAUCAAUCAUAUUCUCAGGGAUGCACCAUCUGUGAGAUGUAAGCAUGUCAUUCUACUGGGUAUUCUUGAAGAACACUGGCUGACAUUCUGAAGGGUAUCACGAAUUAUAUAAUUGUUUAUUCCUUGAAUUUUCACACAUGCAAGAACAAUCAAGAACACGUGAAGUUUUAUGUUC